AUGCCUUCAAACUCCAGGGCCGUCUUCUCCCUGAUUAUUAUCAACAAAGCCGGUGGUCUGAUCUAUCAACGCGAGUUCCAGGCUGGCCUGCGCAAACUCUCGACCAAUGACUACCUCGUGCUAGCAGGCACCUUUCACGGUGUCCAUGCCAUAACUCGCUCUAUCACACCGAAAAUCCCCAUCUCCCAACCGGCUUCCUCCCCCGCCGCCUCUUCUCCGAUCACCACCGCGCCCGCUGGGUCCGGGUACUCAUACCCUAACCCGGGCGUACCAGUCUCCGGCCUGGAUUACCUUGAGACCGACAAGUUUCGCUUGACGUGUUUCCAGACCCUGACCGGCACAAAAUUCCUGCUGUUCACGGACCCAAUGACCGGCAACGUGGAUACAAUCGUGCAGAAGAUCUACGAGCUCUAUGCGGAUUUCGUGAUGAAGAACCCUUUCUAUCAGAUUGAGAUGCCGGUGCGAUGUGAGGCCUUCGAUCGGCAUCUGGGAGCGUGGCUGAGAGGGAGGACUUAG